CACUGAUUAACAAUGAAUGAAAUACAUAAAAAUAAAAGACGUAUGCCUGAAUUAAAGUGGGUGGGUGAUUUCCCCUAUUUUAACUCAAAAAUUACUGAAAAUAAUUUUGUGAAGGUCUCACGAGAUUAUUUAUAUGCAUAUGAUACUCAGGUGAAAACUGUAGAGUUUGCCAAAGUUCCAGAGGAAGAUGAUUUUAUGAGGUUAGGAAGUUGUCGUUUAUCUAAUAUUCAGAAAUAUGAUGGCUCUUAUAAGCGCCCCAAAAUAAUAAGAAUUAAAGUAGAAAAGGAAGAUGAAGAUCAUAAAAAUGUUACCUUGACAAGGGUACCAUUGACUAAUUUGGAAAAUGUGUUUCUAAAACCGGAAAUAAAAUUAGAGGCACCAUUAAAUGAUUUCGAAAAUAUUGUUGUAAAAACAGAAAAGGACCUUGAAGAACCAUUGUGUAAUUUGCAAAAUAAAAAAGUAAAAUCGAAGAUGAAUCUAAGGGCACCAUUAAAUGAUUUCAAAGAUAUUGUUGUAAAAACAGAAAAGGAUCUCGAAGAACCAUUGUGUAAUUUGGAAAAUAAAAAUGUGAAGCCGAAGAAGAAUCUAAGGGCACCACUGAGUAAUUUGGAAAAUACAUUUGUAAAAUCGAUUAAAAAAGAACCACUGGAUAAUUUGGAAAAUACAUUUGUAAAAUUGGAAAAAAAAUUACAGGUACCAUUGAGUAAAUUGGAAACAAAAUCAAACAAAAAACAACAGGCACCAUUGAGUAAUUUGGAAAAUACAAUUGUAAGAUCAGAAAUAAAAUUAGAUGAACCAAUGUGUAAUUUGGAGGAUACAUUUAUAAUAUCGAACAUAAAACUACAGGAACAGAACAUCAUUCUUGGACCAGAUUUUUCAUCUAUUCCUGUCGCCUAUAAAAAGAAGCCUUCAAAGUCAUCCCUUCAUAGAAAAUUAGCAAAAUAGAGUAGAACUUAGGAAACAUUCCUACAUAAAAUUUAUUUAAAAUAUUCUUAAUACUGUUACUUAUUUAAUUAUGCAUAAAUUAAUGUGUAAUAAUAAACGAGGAAACAUAAAAUCUU